AUGUCGCGGGACCAGGCGGCUGUCGUCAGGCCGCAGGAGGCCGCGCGGUGGUCGCCGUACCACGCGCCGGACGAGGAGGAGUCGGAGAUCGUGGCGCAGUUCCUGACGGCGCCGUACCCGUGCUUCGACGGCGGCUGCUGCAGCUACGACUUCCUCGGCGAGCCCAACGUGUCGCUCGGGAUCAACACGCUCUCCUACUGCGGCUCCAUCGACCUCAACCUCUCCCGGAAGGAGGAGAGGGUCGGUAAGCGUGGUGGCAAUGGCAACAUGGUCCCCGGCCCUUCGCCCGCUGGUCGCGGUCGCGUCCGCGCCGGUGCUAGUUGCCUCCUCGGCGACCGCGACCGCAAUGGCGACGGUGCCGCCGCAACGCCGAAGCGGAAGGUUUUUCAGGCCGGCAAUGCCCAUGAUCAGGGCGGGGAUCUUGGACGGCACAAGAAGAAGGCUCGAGCUGCAGAUCACAAGGGGGAGAAGUCUGUAACAUCCAAGACGGUGCAGAAGCAGAGACCUAGCAGCAGCUACUUCUCGGACGAGUCCAAUUGCUCCCAGGGGAACCGCGGCGAGGAGGCCAACGUCGCCGGCGGCGGCACCAUGAAAGCGCGGGCCGGCCGCGGGUCGGCGGCCGAUCCCCAGAGCCUCUAUGCGAAGAGAAGAAGGGAGAAGAUCAACGACAGACUCCGGGCUUUGCAGAAGCUGGUACCCAACGGAACCAAAGUGGAUCUCAGCACUAUGCUGGAGGAGGCAGUCCUCUACGUCAAGUUCUUGCAGCUACAGAUCAAGGUGCUCAGUUCUGACGAGAUGUGGAUGUACGCGCCGCUCGCUUACAGCGGCAUGAGCUUCGGAAUCGAUCUGAGGAUCACCCCUCAGUGA